AGCCAGCCUGGCCCAGGACUGGCCGAGCCGUGCCGCCCCCACCUGCCGCGGCGCGCCUGGCUCGGCACGCCCGCAGCGCUCGGCGGCCAUGCCUGGCGCGCUUCGCGCGAUGCCCCCUGGGGCGCGCGGGCGGUGCGAGGAGGCUCGGAGGCGCCUGGCCGCCUCGCCGCUCCCGGCGGCGCUGCGGCUGCUUCUGUUGUCCGCCGCGGCCGCGGCGAUGUGCCGCUUCGGCGCCCGCGCGUGGAUCGGGGGCGGCGCCGCCGCGGUGCGGCGCGGGCAGGGCGGCAGCGGGCGGCCCCGCGAGAGGGCGGGCCGGGUGGUGUGCCUGGCCAUCUCGGAGCGGCCGCCGCCCCCGAAGCCGCCGCGCGAGCGCAGGAUGAGCCAGAUGGAAAAGCAGGCCGACGCCAUUGUCCACGCAGUCGUCGCUGUAGAGCUUCUGGACUGGCAUGGCAAGCUGACGGGGGGGCUGGAGCACGCCUUCAGGAAGUGCGUGUACACGCCGGUGAUGCCGCGGCUCCUGAGGCUGACCACGCGCGAGCGGAGCGCGUUCGACGACUACAGGUCUGACCAGCCGGGCCCGGAGCCGUGGAACGGCAGGAAGAUCUCGAGGCCCAGCCGCGUGCACGACGCGACCCUGGAGCGCCAGUUCACCCUGGGCAACAUCUUCACCAUGGAGGCCCUCUCGGCCCUCUCCAGGACCGACGAGGGGAAGUGGCUCCCACAGGCG